GCGAACAUGCAGCCUGUGGCGGGGCCCUCCAACCCGUCUAGCACCACCCAACCGCGAAGGUCGCCCUCAGCGACAGGAAAUCCACAGAUUACCAGGAAACGUGUGAUAUAUAGCUGUCAAACGUGUCGUCGGCGCAAAGUCAAAUGCGACAAGACACUUCCAGUGUGUGGAAACUGCGCGAAAAACAGUACCGAGUGCGCCUACGACACGGAGCCACAUCAAGAUGACGCGCGACCCAACCGCACCCGCCGGGCGAAUAGAACCAAACGGCAGAGAGAGAUUGGGCACACGGAGGAAAAUGCAAAUGAACACCUGCCGACAUAUGAGACUUUGAGGCAGACGUCAUCAUCAAAUGGCCAGAAAACAGAUUUGACCGCAGUUGAAGCCCAUCUGGCUCAACUUGUAUCGCUUGUUGAGCGGCUACGGAAGGAUAACCAGGCUCACGAAUCAACGGAGAUGCAACUAGCUGUAUCAAACCCUGGCCUGGAAACGGCGCCGAUGAAAGAGGGCAAUUUUCGGAUGGAAUCGGUCGUCGAGGAAUCGGGUAGUCCGUCUAGCGCUGCUGCUGAUUGUAGCAGCGAUGAUUUUCCCAUCCCAAAGGGUCAGACUACAGAUUUGGUUGAUCCACUGGAAACUUCAAACUUGGGACACAUGUCAUUGGGGGAUGGAGGGAGGUCAAGAUACGUUGGAACGACGUAUUGGGCUUACAUUUCUCAUGAAAUGGAGGAACUCAAUCAAUUGCUCGGAAACCAGAAUCAGUCGCACGAUUUAGCGGCAUGUAGUGAUACCGCAACCGAGGUUUCCAGCAAGCGAAGACGGCGCAAAGGAUCGAUAAGCAGCCACACCACCAGCCAAACAACGGGCUCUCCCUUUCCGCUCGGCUUCUCAGAGCCGAUUCAGAAAGCUGUCUGCAUACCAUCGGCCUAUUUAUCACCGAAUGAUAAAGCGGUCGAGCCAUAUAUGCUUGAGCAUGUUCCGACGAAAUGGCAGAGUGACAUUCUCUACAAGGCAUUCAUGUCUGGUGUUCACUCGCUAAGCCCUAUUAUUCACCCACCGAUGAUCUUAAACCUAUACAAAGCCUUUUGGGACUGGUAUGACUGCAGAAGCUAUACGGGGGAGCCAUGCCCUAGUCCUUCUUUUAUUCCACUCCUAUACGCGAUAUGGUUUGGAGGCUCAGUUUCUAUCUCCAUGAGAACAAUGGAGACAGAGUUUAAUACUUCCUCACGAGCUGUGCUCUCGACAAAAUAUAGCGAGGAAGUCACUUGUUGGUUGGCCAAGAUCUCGUUUCCCCAUAGCGUCACACUCCACGGUUUGGCGGCCUAUCUUAUUGCGCAGACAAUAUUGUCAAGAGAGGAAGAACCCUUGGCAAGUAGUUUGUUUGUUAGUUUAGCAGUGAGAGUGGCGCAGACCUUGGGGUUACAUCGGGAUCCCGCCCAUUUUAAUAUCGACCCAUGGGAGGCAGAGUUCCGACGCCGAUUGUGGUGGCAUAUCAUGCAUAUGGAUGCCGUUAUCGCGAUGUCGAGUGGGCUUCCGCCAUUGCUUACUGAUACUACUUACUGGGAUGUUCGCGAGACGAGCGAGGUCAAGGACACCUUGUUGGGUACUACCGAAGCCAAACAGUAUGAACAGUUGGUUGCCAACGGUCAGCGGCCACCUGAUAAUCCAGACAACCCCGAUGUCUGUGGUGGGCCGUCGACAGUGAACGUGUAUUAUCUGAACGCAAAGGCCAAAUGUAUAAUGGCCCAGUCUGUUCGUAGAAUACUAAAGAUUCAGCUGGGCACGAAACCUCUAACAAGAGGGGAUAUGGUGGAGCUCCGCUCUGUCCUUCACGAUCUUCAAGUCAAGCUCAACUCCAUCAUAAGCAGAAUUCCACAGACAACGGCAACCGAAAUACCAACAGCGUCUUCAAAAAGGUCUCAUUCAACCGCGGCGGAACUUCCCAUUGAAGGUCCGUCUGGCUGCUCGGAGCAAUAUCAUUCAGUAGUCCUCGUCGCCUUUCAUAAAUGGGCCAGGAUUAUCUUGUCGUUGUUCAUUGAUAAGGCAUUUUGUGUUGCAUACCAACCAUUCCUCAGAAAUCCUCGAAGUCGGAUCUGGCCCGUAGCACGCCAAAGUGCGCUACGCCAUUGUUACGCAUUCAUGGAGAAGUUCAUCCGAUUGGCCACGGAUCCUGACUUUCAGCCGUUCCAAUGGGGCUGGCCGGGGAAUCACCAGCCUAUGCAUGCAAUGAUGAUUAUUCUCAUCGACUUGUACGAACGACCAUAUAGCCCCGAGGCCUCCGUGUCCCGCGGAUUUGUUGAUCAAAUUCUGUCUCUUUCUGGACCAGACGGGGGCGUUGUAAGUGGCGGAGAUGACAUCUUCACGCAACGUCCAUUGAGGAAUGGAGGCCGAGAGGCCUGGGGCAUGAUCCGUCGUCUGCGCCAAAAGGCCUGGCAGAAAGCCGGCCUGGACCCAACAUUGCCGGGGACGGGACAAGAUUGGUCAACUGAGUCUGAUUUUGCAAAUGCUUCUCACUUCAAAUCCAUGUCAUCCGCAACCGUGGCCGCGCCUACUACUAGCGCAGCUGCGACUACCGCCCUCUCGUCAUACGAUGAAGCAUUUGCCCCCAGCCCAACCUUUGCUCGUUCCUCCGCCGCUACUAUAUCGACUCAACAAUCCCUUGUUGACUCUGCUAGGGUGAACUUUCUGGAAACUGCCGACUCGGGCAUAUUACCCGAUUCGGAGCCUUCUGUCCCCUUUAUGAUCGACCCGAGUCUAAAUUUUGACUGGGGUGAAUGGGACAAUAUCUUUGGGCAAUCUUUACCCGUUGCAGAUGAGCUCAUGGAACUCGAUCAAGUCACGGGGUUUGCAUUUGCGGAUCUAGAAAAUGGUGCUAUGUGA